AUGAGCGCUCUACUCAAGUCUUUAGACGCCAAUCCUAAGCUUAAGGAGGACUACGCGCGACAAUCAACGUCUGGAGUGAUCAUCACGUUGGUGUGCGGAGCGUUGUGUUUGCUCCUCUUCCUCGGCGAGUUCUUCGCGUACAGGACUACCAAGGUGGUGAGUGAGCUUAGGGUGAAUCCCAUGGGCGUUCACAGCGUGACGCCGAACGCCGAGAGACUGAAGAUCGACAUCGAUAUCACCUUUCACAGCAUGGCGUGCAAUCUCAUCACGUUGGACACUUCAGAUAAAGCCGGGGAACAGCAUUACGACGUGCAUGAUGGUCACAUCGAGAAGAGGAGAGUAGAUAAAGAUGGCAAACCUAUCGAUGCAACGUUUACGUCUGAGAAGCCGAAUAAGCAUAAAGAGAUGGUGCAGGCGCUUGAGAAGAUGAACCAGACUGAUUCAGUGGUUGGAAACGAGACCGCGUUGCAGAAACAGGAUCGGGCUCAUCGCUUUGCUGGUGUUUUCGGGUUCGAGAGCAUGCUAAAAGAAGCUUUUCCGGAGGGUAUCGAGAACGCUUUUCGGAAUGAGGCGCGUGAAGGGUGCGAAGUGAAGGGAUACCUUGAAGUCAAUCGAGUGCCGGGACGGAUUUCCAUCUCUCCGGGCAGAGUUGUGAUGAUGGGCAUGCAACAAUUUAAGCUGAAUGUGCACACAGACUUGAACUUGACUCACACGAUACAUCGUUUGUCGUUCGGCGAACGAUUUCCCGGUUUGGUGAGUCCCCUCGAUGGUACCCAUCGCUCACUCCCCCCGAACGCGGUGCAGCAAUAUUUUCUGAAUGUUGUGGCAACGACGUUUCAACCGUUGAGAGGAGACGCGAGGAUCAGCACUCAUCAAUACAGCGUGACUGAGACUUUCACAACAUCUCAGCGAUCCCUGGGGGGCUCAUCAAACGGCAGGGAUCCGGGAGUAUUCUUCACCUACGAAAUUGAGCCGAUUCGUGUCGAUUUCAAAGAAACGCGCACGACAUUUGGAGCAUUCAUCAUUGGGAUCUGCUCCAUCAUCGGAGGCGUGGUGACGAUGGCAGGAGUCGUGCAAAGUGCUGUGGAACAUUUUUCGAAUCAAAAAUCUUCGUUCGACGUAGCGAAUAGUUAA